CCGCUGAUCCACCGGUGUCAUGGCUUCCUAACAGGAGGGGGAAGUGAUUGAGAGGAAAACAAGGAUUUUUGUUAAAUAUCCAACAGACUAUCGCCCGUUCCAGAACCUGAGAUUGGGACAGAGGGGCUCGGCCUCCCUUUUCGCCCCCCUGCGGCCGUCCCAAAGGGAUCCAGGAUAUACUUUAAUUUCAUCGGUGAAUUUCCAUUCGUAAACCGUGGAAGAUGGCCGACCCGGCGGAGUGCACCAUCAAAGUGAUGUGCCGUUUUAGGCCCCUGAACAGCUCCGAGGUGACCAGAGGCGACAAAUACAUUCCCAAGUUUCAAGGGGAAGAAAACGUUAUCAUCGGGGGUAAACCGUACAUGUUCGACAGAGUGUUUCAGUCAAAUACAACACAGGAACAAGUGUACAACGCCUGCGCCCAGAAGAUUGUAAAAGAUGUUCUGGAGGGAUACAAUGGAACGAUUUUUGCAUAUGGGCAGACGUCAUCUGGCAAAACACACACCAUGGAGGGGAAUCUCCAUGACACAGAUUCAAUGGGCAUCAUCCCCAGGAUAGUUCAAGAUAUCUUCAACUACAUCUAUUCCAUGGAUGAAAACCUGGAGUUUCAUAUCAAAGUUUCAUAUUUUGAAAUUUACUUAGACAAGAUCCGGGACCUUUUGGAUGUGUCGAAGACCAAUUUGUCAGUGCAUGAAGACAAAAACAGAGUACCAUACGUCAAGGGCUGCACUGAGAGAUUCGUAUGCAGCCCGGAGGAGGUCAUGGAUACAAUUGAUGAAGGCAAAUCAAACAGACAUGUAGCAGUCACAAACAUGAACGAGCACAGCUCCAGGAGUCACAGUAUCUUCCUGAUAAAUGUCAAACAGGAAAACACUCAGACAGAGCAGAAGCUCAGCGGCAAACUUUACCUGGUGGAUCUGGCUGGCAGUGAAAAGGUCAGUAAAACAGGAGCAGAAGGAGCUGUGCUAGAUGAAGCCAAGAACAUCAACAAGUCGCUCUCGUCCUUGGGAAACGUCAUCUCUGCUCUGGCUGAAGGAACGGCCUACAUCCCUUACCGAGACAGCAAGAUGACCCGUAUCCUGCAGGACUCGCUGGGCGGUAAUUGCCGAACCACCAUUGUCAUCUGCUGCUCGCCUUCCUCCUAUAACGAGGCCGAAACCAAAUCUACCCUCAUGUUCGGACAAAGAGCAAAGACCAUCAAGAACACUGUCACUGUGAAUGUUGAGCUGACAGCAGAGCAGUGGAAGCAGAAAUAUGAGAGGGAGAAGGAGAGGAAUAAGACCCUGAGAAACACCAUCACCUGGUUGGAGAAUGAGCUCAACCGCUGGAGGAAUGGUGAAAGUGUGCCAGUGGAGGAGCAGUUUGACAAGGAGAAGGCCAACGCUGAGGUGCAAGCCCUAGACAACAUACUUAACGAAAAGCAGGCAUCCACGCCCAACGUGCCAGGUGUUCGCCUCACCGAUGUGGAGAAGGACAAGUGUGAGGCUGAGCUGGCCAAACUUUACAAACAGCUAGAUGAUAAGGAUGAGGAAAUCAACCAGCAGAGCCAGCUGGCUGAGAAGCUGAAGCAGCAGAUGCUGGAGCAGGAUGAGCUUUUAGCUUCCUCACGCCGCGAUCAUGAGAACCUCCAGGCAGAGCUGAACCGCCUUCAGGCAGAGAACGAGGCCUCCAAGGAUGAGGUGAAGGAGGUGCUGCAGGCUCUGGAGGAGCUGGCCGUCAACUACGAUCAGAAGAGCCAGGAGGUGGAGGAUAAGACCAAGGAGUUUGAGGCCAUUAGUGAGGAGCUUAGCCAGAAAUCGUCCAUCCUGUCGUCUCUGGACUCUGAGCUCCAGAAGCUGAAGGAGAUGUCCAACCACCAGAAGAAGAGGGUGACCGAGAUGAUGUCUUCACUGCUCAAAGACCUAGCUGAGAUUGGCAUUGCCGUAGGAAGCAAUGACAUCAAGCAACAUGAGGGCAGCGGCCUGAUAGAUGAGGAGUUCACAGUGGCCCGCCUCUACAUCAGCAAGAUGAAGUCAGAAGUGAAGACGAUGGCGAAACGCUGCAAGCAGCUGGAGGGCACCCAAUCAGAAAGCAACAAGAAGAUGGAUGAGAACGAGAAGGAGCUGGCUGCCUGCCAGCUGCGUAUAUCCCAGCAUGAGGCUAAAAUCAAGUCUCUGACUGAGUACCUCCAAAACGUGGAGCAGAAGAAGAGGCAGCUGGAGGAGAACGUGGACUCUCUCAAUGAGGAACUUGUCAAGCUCAGCGCUCAGGAGAAAGUCCAUGCAAUGGAGAAAGAGAAUGAGAUCCAGACUGCCAAUGAAGUCAAGGAAGCGGUGGAGAAGCAGAUCCACUCCCACCGUGAAGCUCAUCAGAAGCAGAUCAGCAGCCUGAGAGAUGAGCUUGACAACAAGGAGAAACUCAUCACUGAGCUGCAGGAUCUGAACCAGAAGAUCAUGCUGGAGCAGGAGAGGCUCAGAGUGGAGCACGAGAAACUCAAAUCCACCGACCAGGAGAAGAGCCGCAAGCUGCACGAGCUUACGGUGAUGCAGGACCGAAGGGAGCAGGCCAGACAGGACCUGAAGGGUCUGGAGGAGACAGUGGCCAAGGAGCUGCAGACCCUGCACAAUUUGAGGAAGCUCUUUGUCCAGGAUUUGGCUACCAGAGUGAAAAAGAGCGCGGAGAUGGACUCGGACGACACAGGGGGCAGCGCAGCACAGAAACAGAAAAUCUCCUUUCUUGAGAACAAUCUUGAGCAGCUCACCAAGGUUCACAAACAGCUGGUACGCGAUAAUGCAGACCUGCGCUGUGAGCUUCCAAAACUGGAAAAACGUCUUCGUGCUACAGCUGAGCGGGUCAAGGCCCUUGAGUCUGCUCUGAAGGAGGCCAAGGAGAACGCCGCCCGCGACCGCAAGCGCUACCAGCAGGAGGUGGAUCGCAUCAAGGAGGCCGUCAGGGCCAAGAACAUGGCCAGGAGGGGACAUUCAGCCCAGAUCGCCAAACCUAUCCGGCCCGGACAGCAGCCGGUGGCGUCUCCCACCCACCCCAACAUCAACCGCAGUGGAGGAGGCUUCUACCAGAACAGCCAGACGGUGUCUAUCAGGGGAGGAGGCAGCGGUGGCAAACCAGACAAGAACUGAAGAGCAGCGGGAUCGAAAGACGACACCACUGAAGAAGCCAAUAUCGCCCCCCCCCCC